AUGGACAAGCAGUCUCGUUUAAAUUAGGAACAGAUUCUGAAAUGUAUUCGAAAUCAUCGAGAUUUGAAUGAAAUCUUGACAAAAUAAAAAGAUCACAGUUCACAGGAAUUAUUUGAUGACAUUGACAAGGCGACAAUGAACUAAUCGAAUGAAAGUAAACAAAGUUAAGAGAGCAAAUCUUACAGUGAUUAAAUAGACAGGGCCAUCCAAAUGUUUACAGAACCUAAAGUAAUAUUGUAUGCAAAAGAAGAUAAUUUGUCAUCGGACCAAAUGAUGGAGCAGAUUUCUGAGGUUUUUAAAAAUAAGUCGUUUGACUAAAAAGUGGGUUCAAAUCUAUCAACAGAAAUUUCGAAUGAGGCUUGUUUGCAAUUGGGAUCCUCUUGCCAAUCAUUGUUAACAAGUGGUUCUGAAACUGAAAGAAGGAAGAGGAAAACCAUACCAGAUGAAGAAUCCCAUUAUUUUGUUGUGAGAAUUGACAAAGUAAUGAAUUAAAUGGAUGAAAGAACCACAAUAAUGAUAAAAAAUAUUCCUAAUAAAUAUACAGUGCAAAUGCUUUAAGAUUUAAUUGAUCAUAGUCACAGGAAUUAUUAUGACUUUUUAUAUCUUCCAAUAGACUUCAAGAAUAAGUGCAACAUGGGCUAUGCAUUUAUCAACUUUGUGCAUCCUUUUUACAUAAUUUAAUUUUAUAAGGAUUUUCAUGAUAAUGGAUGGCCUCAUUUCAACAGCGAGAAGAUCUGCGAAUUAAGAUAUGCCAGAAUUUAGGGACGUUAAGCCUUGGUUUAGCAUUUUUAAUUUUCAAGCGUGAUGAACUAAAAGGUUCUAUUCCAAUUAAUUAUUUAAGGACAAGAAACUCAAACCAGUAAUAGUGCCCCAAAGUGA